UAUGACGUCACCCAUGGUAAACGCGUCCAAAAUGCGCUGUGAAAAGAAAAUUAAAUUAAAAGACAGUCAGUGGUCGGCCGUCUCGUGUCGUUGGUUUGUUAAAUAAUUGUGAUUGCAUUGUGUUUCUAUAUUUUUAUUCGUCUGCCACUACGUCUAAAAGUUUUUGACAAGUAUUUUGUGGAUUAGGAUAUAUGACACCAGAAUGAAUCUAUUCCAGUUUGCUAUUUUCUUAGGAUACUUUAGUAUUGGAUACUGCUACACAAAAUAUGGAAGGUCGUGUAAAGACAUAGGAUGUCCCAGUUCUCAAGAAUGUGUCAUGGCCACAGAUCCAUGUAGUUAUUAUCAUAGACAAGGGGAAUGCGGUUCCUAUCCCACAUGCCAAAGAGUUUCAAGUGGUCCCAGGACUUGCGCUACGUAUGUUUGUCCGCCUACCAAAGUAUGCAAAAUGGAUGGAGAUACACCAAAAUGUGUUGAUGAUGUGGGCAAAGUGGGACAUGUAGGAUAUGAUACUAGUGGAAACACCAAUUAUUUAUCACAAAGUGGAAAUACUGGACAUAAUGGUAAUCUGUAUCCUAAUUUACCAAGAGGAGAAACAACACCUAGGUCGAAUAUUAACAGACCAGUUAGUUCAGGUGGCUAUCAAGGAGGCCAAGUAGGCUCUGGCUACCCAGGAGGACAAGUAGGUUCAGGUUACCCAGGUGGUCAAGUAGGUUCAGGCUAUCCAGGAGGCCAGGUAGGAUCUGGAUAUCCCGGAUACACACAACAAGGAAGUUAUCCCAGACAAGGUUAUCCACAACAAGGUUAUCCACAACAAGGUUAUCCACAACAAGGUAAUUAUCCACAAGGAUAUCCUCAACAGGGAUAUCCCCAAUCGGGAUAUCCUCAAGGGUAUCCACAGCAAGGUAAUUAUCCACGACAAACAGUUUAUCCACAGCAAUCAGGGUAUCCACAGCAAGGAGCUUAUCCUGGAUAUAAUCAAGGUAACCAAAGACAAACGGGAUACCAGCAAUAUGGAGGAUAUACACAGACCUCCAAACCAAGUUCAGGGACUUCCAUAUCAGACAAAAUCACUAACGGCCUUAAAUCCAUAGGUGGAUUUUUUAAUAAACUGCGUGUCAACUAAAAGAAGAUAUAGUACCGCUAGGGAAUUCAUUUUGUACUCCAUGCAUGCUCCAUCAUUUUUAAUUAUUUUUUUAUUUUGUAUAAAAAGACUAAAUCCGUUUAUAAUUAUGUAAAGUAAUAAAGAAAUUAUAUUAUAA